CUAAAGUAUAUAAGAGAAGCUAUUAGCGAUCUCUAAAGUAUAUAUAAGAGAGAGGUCACGUUUCAUCACAUUUCAUCACGUGUGACACGUGAGUCUUUUCUUGCUCGAUGUGCGCGCGUGCACACGUGGUGUCUAUUUUAAUGGACUGAAAACACACCAACGCUCAAACAUCUCUUUCCAUCCAUAGGCGUAUGUACGCAGGAUCGUCUGUUCCAUAUCCUUUUUGUUUUAUCCUGAAGAGGUUUGGUAUCGAUUAUUCAAAGAUUUCCCUACAAGCCUUUUUUUUUUAUUAUUGACAAUACUUGAACAAUGUAACGUGUAUAUAUAUUUUUAUGAAUAGCCAUAAGUCUAAUUGCGUGACGAGAGUAAAGGGCGAUCUUUCUCUUAGUACCGGCGCCUUUGUCCGGCAACGACACUUCAACGUGUGUACACACAUGGUGGUUAUCGAUCCACACUAUGAGUGUCAAUAAAAAGUUAUUAGUUCCAUUUGCAUCGUUAUGCAGUACGUGUCACGUGUGAUCUAAUAUUAGCUCCAAUCAGCGCCACUCAAGAGAACAAUCACGAAUACGCGCAAUUCUUCAUUCCGCACGUGAUAUAAAGGUACUCCUAAUCCUGAGUAGGACAAGACACGGCGCGCGAACGUCGCUCAGCGUGCGAAAUCGAAUCGCACCGCGCGACUAGUGCUCGCGACUGAUAAACCCCGAAAGAAAGCGAGUGUAUAUUGCGGUCUGCCACAGGAGUAUUGUAAAUUACGAACUGAGCCGACAUUAAUUCUCCUUAACGCAUUUACGACGAGGCAUUUAUUACGCGUUCUGGUUAAAUGCGCGCGUUUUUUUCCGCGAUAAAUAGCCGCGGGAUUUAAAUCGACUUCGCAAUCGAAAGUAAGACAGCGUCUAAAACUCCUACGUUAAAAAAGAAACAAAGACAUUUAGUUUUAUAUCGACAAUGCGUGACAUCGAGUCGCAGAAAGUCCUUCAGGACGAGCAGUGCUUCGAGAUAAUUCGCAAGAAGCUGCAGCGAGACGCGAUGGACGAUUUCUCGCUGGUCAACUAUGAGAUCGUGCCGAUAGAUGAGGUGAACGGUUACAUGGGUCAGUAUUUCACACUGAAGGCAACCGUAGCCUGUCCGAAAUCGCCACUGGAAACGAGAAACAUAAAUUUCUUCACCAAAGUGCCGCCACGGACGAACAGUCCGCUUUACGACUUCAGUCAAGAAAACGGUACGUUUAAGAAGGAAGUAGACCUCUACACCACAGUGUUCCCGGAAAUGCUGGACGAUCGAGACGCGCGAUGUAUCCCGGAAUGUUUCCUCGGAGAUGAGAACAACGUGAUCGUCCUGGAAGACAUGGCUCACAGCGGAUAUAUAAUGACGGACAAAUCCAUGCCGUUCGAUCUCGAGCACUGCAAAAUCCUCAUGAAAACGCUCGCCAAAUUUCAUGCCAAAUCUCUGAUCUUCGAGCAACAGUACAAGAAGACUCUGCACGACGAGUUUUCUCAUUGCAUGCACGAGACUCUGUGGCCGCGCAACGGCGGCCACAGAACAAAGCCGAUGUUCGAAGCCGCCGUGAAAGGCACCAUCUCGAUGAUCGAUCUCUUGUCCGAACUAAAUAACGAGCAGCGUGAUAACUUUAAAGAGAUGAUCAUGAAACUGUGCAAAGACCACACGGACAAACUGUCGCCGUCGGUCAAGCACAAGAACGUGCUGUGCCAUGGCGAUUUAUGGGCGAACAACAUACUCUUCAAGUACGACGCCGACAAGAAACCUGUUGAAUGUUGCCUCAUCGAUUUCCAACUCGUAAGAUACAAUCCACCAGCACAUGACAUCCUGUGUUUCCUGCAAUUCACGACAACGCGAAAGCUACGGGAAGAGCACGGCAAAGAGCUUUUCAGAAUCUACCACGAUUCAAUGGCAAUCGCCAUGAAAGAAUCCGAUCUGAAUAUAUCUGAAGUGCUCCCUUGGAACGAGUUCGUCGAGUCUAUUCAUGACUUGCGGAUUAUGUGCAUGAUUCACGGUGUUCUGAACACACCAAUCAUGCUGUUGAACUCUGACACGGCCAGCAAGUAUUUCAGCGAGGAGCCGGAACUUCUCGAAACUGUUCUAUACGUUGACAGAACGCCGCUUAUUUGCGAGCAGUUCAAAAAAGUGCCGGCGUAUCGCGCCAGAAUGACGGAUAGUUUGCUAGAGUUACAUGAUUACUUGAUUAAUUGCAACAACACAACGUAAUCGAACUGUAAACACAAAGCAAUAAGAUAUAUUUGCUUUUUGUCGUCGUGAGCGUAUCUUCGCGAGAUUUCGCGAUUUCACAAAAAAUACAAAAUAGCACAAUUUAAGAUAAAUAAAGACAUAUUAUCGUCGCUAGAUUCUUUAGUUUUUUAACGAUGUAAAUAGAUAUCUAUGUUAUAGACUCGAGUUUAGUUGUUGAAGAAAAAUUAAUUAUUAAUUGUGUAAUUUAUAUCAAUUAUAGAAACAUUUAAACACAUAUUUUCAAAUGUAAAAAGAUAAACGCUCUAGAUUGAUAUUACAAUCAGUACUGUGAUAUUUUAAAGUUAUGUAAUUACAUAUAAUUACUAACAACUGUAGAAUGAGACAUUCUUUCUCUGUUCU